GAGCCACUGUGUAAGUAACUAAAACCACGAACACGCGAACAAACAAGACACGGUCCACGACAUAAUAUGAGGCUGCACUAUUUAAACUGGCAGACUAAUUUGGCCGGUUUUAGUUCAUGUCCAACCGCCGAUGGGCAGACAAUGGAAGCGUGAAGGCGCAGACAUGAUGUCAAACCAAACAAUACAACAGUGAGGACCGGUCGUGGCUAUUUACAAACAAUGGACUUAGCUUGAAGUUAUAUUAUCCAGUGAAAACGGAAAAAUGGAUGAAAACAAACAGAAACAUGUUAUCGAGGAGCGUCCUUUGAACAAAGAUGAAGCUCAAAAUCAAAUUAAAACAUUUGGAGAGAAAUUGAGUUUUAUAAAAGACAACAUAACCGUGGAGCCUCUGUUAGCCGGACUCAUUAUACCGAGUGUGAUAUCAAGAUUUGCUAUGGGCAAUUUUAAUUUGGACAAAGCCUGUAGAGUCAGUCUACAAUUCAACGACACAGUAUGUGAUGCAUUAAUAAAAAAAACAAGCACCAAUUACUCGGAAUAUGAAAAAGAAGUGCAAAGAUUGAUAUCUAGCAUCGACAUCUGGAAGAGCGUCUUGCAAACCGCGUUACCGUGCAUCAUAAUUAUAUUUAUGGGAGCUUGGAGCGAUCGGACUGGAAAGCGAAAAUUGUGCAUACUAUUACCGAUUUACGGUGAAAUUUUAACUUCCAUCAAUAAUAUAAUCAAUGUUUAUUUUUUCUAUGAAAUCCCAGUAGAAGUCACAGUGUUCUUAGAGACCUUAUUCCCAGCCAUAACUGGUGGCUGGGUGACGAUGUUUCUUGGUGUAUUCAGCUAUAUCAGUGACAUAACUUCAGAAGAAACCCGCACUUUCAGAGUUGGAGUUGUGAACUUUUGCUUUACAUGUGGUCUGCCAAUAGGUCUUGGGCUAAGUGGAAUUUUACUACAAAGAAUGGGUUACUAUGGCAUAUUUUCGACAACUAGCAUCAUGUUUACUGUUGUCCUGAUUUAUGGGACCGUAGUUUUGAAGGAACCUGAUAUUCUGCUACAAGAAAAAGGAUUGCCUCCGAUAGAGCGAGACAGCAAGAAAGUUGCUGUCCUGGACAUAUCGCACGUAACAGACACAGCUAUGGUGGCAUUCAAGAAACGGGAAUCAAAUUUAAGGAUGAAAGUUCUCCUCACAUUGUUCUGUGUUUUCAUUUUAUUCGGACCAACUUCAUCGGAGCAUGGAGUCUUCUAUCUAUUCGUAAGGAACCGCUUGAAUUGGGACAUGGUCAAAUUCAGUCUCUAUGUCAGCUAUUCCAUUAUCUUACAUUCUUUCGGUGCUAUGUUCUCCAUAACGGUGCUAAGUAAGCGACUACAGAUCGAUGAUUCGUUGCUCUGUCUAAUCUCUGUCAUCAGCAAGUUCGUUGGAUCCAUCUGGACUGCUUUCAUUCAAAGCGAUAUUGAAAUGUAUUUAAUUCCGGUAGCUGAAAUAUUGAACGCAACGACAUUUACAUCUCUUAGGUCGAUUGCAUCAAAAAUAGUGGAAAAACAAGAAAUAGCAAAAGUGAAUUCAAUAUUUUCUCUGACUGAGACUAUGGCAUCUCUGAUCUUCCUACCGUUCUACUCGUGGCUGUACAUGGUAACAUUAAAUGUCUUCUCCGGAGCUGUCUUCUUGACCAGUGCUAUCAUUACUAUACCUCCCUCAAUGAUCCUUACCUUCUUCUAUAUACAACACAGAAGAGGAAAGAAGAGUCCAAGAAAGAGAGCUCUCGAAGCUGAAGAGAAAAAAGAAGCGAUAGAUAUUGAAAAUAAAUCUGAACUAUCGAAUAUUCCAGAAAACAAUGUUCGUCUAUAGCACGAUGACAAAUCAUUUAAGAUGAAUGCGUAAUUAUUUUAAUUGUUUCAAUUGGAUUUUGACUGAUACGAUUUCAGCGUUAAUUAAUCCGACAAAAGUUACAAAUGAGUAUAAAACAAAACAAUAACUGAGAUAAUUUCAAUAUUCGAAGUCCUUAAAAGUUUGUAAUAUAUUUCAUAUAUCGCUUCGAUGCGUUGCAUCAAUAAUAAAAACAGGUUCUGUAACGUCAUCGUGGCUUAGUUUCUUCUUUAAUAUAUCUUCUUCUUCUUAUAACGUUAUCCUAUUUUCAAUGAUUUCAUUAACAGCUGCCAAUAUUAAUGGCAAUACAACUUGUUCUAUUUUGCGUUUUAAAUUUUGGAAUCUCGCGCCAGCUUGUCCGGUAACCGUGCGACCAGCUAAGCGUUUAAAAUUUAAAAAAAAGGGAGAAAAGAGACGACAGAUGUAAUAUCAUUAACGGUUUGUGCUAAGUCUGUAUUUCUCAGAAUAUUUAAAAUUCAUUAAAAGUGAGCUAUCCUACGUGGCUAAUAUUAAUUAAUCGGCUUAGGGCAACUUGUGUUUUUUUUAACGCAACAGAGCGGAAAAAACGGAUACUUUGUAUCACAGUCGUAACUUUUUUAACCAGAUUAUGCAAUUUCCACUGAACCUGUACUUGAGGAACAAAAAAAGCUAUGUGAAACUUGAGGGAUUACUAAUCCCUUUCUAACUCUGUUCAUAAGAGAAAGAUAAGAAGUGAGCCACAAAUAUUAUAUCGUAGUUCUACCUAUCUACUACUUAUUAUGAUAUCUUCACAGCUCUUUUAUAGGGAAGUACACAUUAAGGUAAUCUGAGAUAGGAUGGUUUCCUAUUUUUUUCAUUUAUAUAUAAAGGCGAUGGUAAUUUGUUUUAUAGAAUACGAUUUAUUUUCCAAGAUAUGCGUGUGCAGUAUCUAACGUGUUCAUGAGUUAUUUCACAGCUUAGAACUAAUUUUAAAACCGCCCAUCAUAUUUAAGCAAAAAAUUCUCAGACGUCGAAAUUUUAUAAGUUAAAAUUAAAACUUUACUGGUAAUUAUUAAACAGAUUAAGACUGUGGCCAAAAUAAAUUAAAUUUUGUUUUCAUUGAAUCGAAAAACAAUGUAAAUUUGUUAACUAUUUAUUUAAUUAAUUUCUUAACUUUUUUUAAGGAUCAUUUUAAUGUUUUAACACAUUUUUGUUGUUUUUAAUGAAUUUUCUGUUUUAUCAUACGACUCGAAAUAACUAAAUUGCAAUUAUGAAUAUAAAUUAAAUCGAUAACUUAGAAGAAAGUAGAGAUGAGUAUACACUGAGAAUGAAUCUCGCCAUCUCUUUCGCACACAGUGCACACACAAACACAUGCAGCGAUAGAAAAAACUUUGUGAAAGUGUGAACCUUGUUUUUCUUAAUUGAGAAACCCUUCAUAGGGUGUAAUUUUUUUUAUUUUUUUUUUAUAUAUUUAGAAUAUUAUUACAAAUUGAUACGAAAUAAAUAUAUAAAUUUUCAUACUAUGACUAAGCUAUCGAUAUAAUCUUGUUAUUAUUUUUAUAAUAAAGCCUCCCGUUUAGUUAUUUAAGAAAAAAAUAUGGAUCGUUUAAGGCGUUUUUAGGACUCGACAGCAGAUAAUAAAUAUGCGAUGUAAAUGAGACUUCAACUUCAUUUAAUAAGGUGAGCGGAUAUAAUUGACCCGAUAUUUGUUGUAAACAGUAGUUAGUCAAGUUAGUUAGCUUCUAAGGGAGCUAAACAUCCGAAAAAGGCUCUCUUCUAUCUGCCGGAAACGUGCUAUGAGCUUCUUCGGACACAUCAUGCGGUCUUCCAGACAUGAAUUAGAGAAGCUCAUCAUAAUUGCGGAUCGCAUAGAGGGCAAGCGCGCCGUGGGCAGAACACCAACUAGAUGGUCAGAUCUAGUAAGAGAAGCACUUGGUGGGAGUCUGUACCAUGCGGUCCGUGCCACCCAUGAUCGAACACAGAGGAAGAACCCAUAUAAGCAAUAAAAAAAUAAAAAAAAAAAUAAGAACUUCACUUUUUUUUUUUAUUGCUUAGAUGGAUGGACGAACUCAUAGCCCACCUGGUGUUAAGUGGUUACUGGAGCCCAUAGACAUCUACAACGUAAAUGCAGCACCCACCUUGAGAUAUAAGUUCUAAGGUCUCGGUAUAGUUACAACGGCUGCUCUACCCUUCAGACCGAAACGCAUGUGGUCGCGAUCCUCAGUAGUGAGGGACCGAUAUAGAAGAAGAUGAGCAAUUAACAACAGGUGGGCUGUAAUCUCGUUUACUCGUUCGUGGGAUAUAAAAAUCGAUAAUUUUUCGCUCCUUUCUUGUACUGCCAGCUCAUUAACAAAUCUGAUAAUUUUACUGAUGCUUUUAGAAAGUACUUUCUAAUGUCUAUUUAGCCAUAUAGCCUUCUUAGCUGUCGACGGACAACACUUGUGAGUCCGCGCGGGUGGGUACCACCACCCUGCCUAUUUCUGCCGUGAAGCAGUAAUGCGUUUCGGUUUGAAGGGUGGGGCAGCCGUUGUAACUAUACGUGAGACCUUAGAACUUAUAUCUCAAGGUGGGUGGCGCAUUUACGUUGUGAAUGUCUAUGUGCUUCAGUAACCACUUCACACCAGAUGGGCUGUGAGCUCGUCCACCCAUAUCCGUCAUAAGCAAUAAAAAAAAAAAAACUUCAAUUGUCUGCGACCACGAAACUACGGAUAUAGUGAAAUUGAAUUAUUAAAAGCAAUAUAAAACCGGAAAAAGUUGGCUUAGUUAUGUCAAUGUCUUGCGAAAACCGAAGUAAAUAAUGUAACAAUCAACCCAAAUCCCAUAGAACAAUAUUUUCUUGUCAGAAAUUUAAUAGAUACACUAUUAUCUAAUAUAGACAAAGUUUACUUUGAAUUUAGGAACGGUGCCAAGCGCUUUCCCUUUUCCGAUUUUCAAGCCGUUCAAUUAACAAAAUCAAUUGACAAUGCCUGUGAUCGUAAAAAUACAGUUUUCUUGUUAAAGCCAUAAUAAUAGUUUUAUCCAAUAUUAAUUUGUAUAACUAAUGAACGGCAGAAAAGUAAAUUCAUCUAAAUUUCAUUAUUAAAAUCAGGUCAAUUCUGGGGUUCUGUAUUAACAUUGCUUAAAAUUUCAUUCCCAAUUCGACUCAUUAGUCAUAAAAAAGAAAUGAAUUUUGUUGUUCAGGCUUUUAGGUUUUUAAAAAUUCUUUGUCUAUAUUUUGACGAGUUUUGCUAAUCUGAUUUGUUCCUAUACAAAUUGAAUUUAGUUAAUGUUCUACUUUAUUUCAGAACGCAUUAGCUCCAUGUUGGUAUUAAUAUUGUUUAGAAUGCAUAAAUAACCAUACAAUCGCAUUAGGAUUGUGUUUAGACUUCAUUUUUAAAAUGAAACAAAAUUCAAAUUCAAAAUCAUUUAUUUCAACUUAGAUGUCAAUACAACACACUUGUUGAAUGUCAAAAUAUAAAUAACAAUGUUAACUUUACCACCGGUUCCAAAAAAAACCACAGUCCUGAGAAGAACCGGCGAAACAAACUCAGCGGGUAAGCAUGUAACCCUAUCUAUGAUAUAUUCACAACGAUCAGUAAAAAAGUUCAUUUUUAAUUUUUAGUAUUUAUUCACUUAUGUCGAUAACGAAAAUAUAUUAAAAUUAGAAAGAUACGGAUAAAAUAUAUGUAUAGAUUAGCGUGACCUGAAUUAUCCGUGAAAGAGUUUAAGAUAAAGUCUAUACUGACACACUUUUCACAGUUACUAAACGCGUAUACAUACUCGUAUUCUUUGGUUUUUAUCAUUGUAUUUAUAUAUUAAUACAUGAAGCAAAAACUUUGUAUCCCUUUUUACGAAAAUUGCGCGGACGGAGGAGUAUGAUAUUUUCCACACUUAUAGAGAAUAUAGAGAAGAAGUGCAAAACGCUAAUAUUUUUUAAAAAUAAUGCCUAAAAGAUACAUUAAAUCGAUAAAGAAAACAUUACCCACACUACGUACCAUGUAUUUGACGCACACACGCAUGCAUACUAUUUAUUGUCAAGCUUUUGUUCUUGACGUCUGUUGUCAAAUUGAGAAUAGAUUAAAUAUUAUUUGUCAUUGAUAAUAUUUUGGAAAGUGUAGUCUUGGCGAAAUUUGUGAUUAUAGAAGUAUAAAAGACAAUCAUAAUAGUGUACAAACUUACAAUUCCAAUUAAUUAUAGUCGAAUUUCGACUACUACGGGACCUCUAGUAAAUAUUAAAAAACCAUAUCAGGUUCGUUCCAAUGAAAAAUAAAAGGUGAAAACCCGAGUAAUCUAAUCCUGUGUAUAUCCUAAUAACUGUAUUCGACUAGUGGACUAAGACACAAUCUUUACGCGUUAAUAAAAAUCUGUAACGCUUAUUGCUUAUAACGUUUAACCAAACUGAAUAGCCAUAAGAAAUUUCGCAAUAUAACAGUGCACUGAAAAAAACUAUCCAAAUAUUAUAUUAUUAUUUAUUACUAGCUGACCCGGCAGACUUCGUAGUGCAUAAAUGGAUAAAUAAAAGACCUAAGCUUUUGUAUAAAAUAAACUUAAAACAAACAAAAGGAAUCCGUCCGACGGGGGACACAUCAAAGGGAAAACAAAAUUGUUAUUUUUAUUUAAUUCCGAGCAUUUUCAUAUUUAUCUAUCUUUUAAACCUUCUCUGGACUUCCAUAAAUAAAUAAUUCAAGGGCAAAAUUAGCCAAAUCGGUCCAGCCGUUCUCGAGUUUUAGCGAGACUAACGAACAGCAAUUCAUUUUUAUAUAUGUAGAUUAGUUUCAUAAUCGCAGAACAGAUUUCACUACUAUAAAACUUAUCGAGACUAUUGAAAUAGCUCAUGGAUACUAAUAAAUGGCAUUUAAUAUUAAUACAUAAACUUAUCAAAUGGAAAAGUACAGACUAAGGCUAAAACUUUAUAACUUGAUAAGAUAUUGCGACCAAACUAAAACGCUUAGAGCCACAAUUUAACCAGACUACAAAAGGCCAACGAAACAUGCCACCUCUUCGGUUAAGUGGGUAAUGACUCUGACUAAUAUACCACAGGGUGGGGAUUUGGUUUUUUGAUUAGCAUUGGUAACUUUUUCAGUCGGAAUGUUUUUUUUUUGUCCCUGUCUAUAUUUUCGGCAAUGAUAACCAAUUAGGUUGAGGUCAUUAAAUGAGUCAACCUUUGAAUGCAAAUUGAAAUAAUCGUGUGCUUUAACUUUAAGCUUACUGUUGAAAAUAUAAUAGAUCUCUAAUGCAAUCAAUAUUUUAUGCGUGUAGAUUAUAUAUAGGUAUCCAGUUCUUUUUCACUACUCACGACCAAACCAUUGGACAAUAUCAUAAUAAUAUGAAUUUUUGGCUUUUUAAAAUGCUUUUAUUAGCUUCAGACGUAUGUAUAUUUGUAACGGAAUCUUUGAAUAUAAUUUUGACCCCCUUCAAAACGUCGGAUUAAUUCGAAAUUUGGUAUACUUAUUAAGGACCGAUGACAAUGCAAUAUUAAAAAAUAGAAAAAAAAUAUUGAAAUUCAACUAAAAAAUGAAAAAUAAAUAAUAAUUUAAAAAAACUAACAAAAUACGCUUUUAUAGAAAAUCCAACUAAAAAAUAAAGAAACUAUUAUUUAUUUGAUUACCGGUAUAGAUGACCGAACAAACUCACCGCCCUCCUGAUGUUGAGUAGGAAACCCAUAGAAUGCCGCUACCUACCAUGAUGCUUGUCUACAUUUCUGAGUCUAGUUUCAGAUAAAAAAGUUAAUUAAUAAUAAUAAUAUUAAUAAUAAAAAUAAUUUAUUGCCUUUCACAUCACAGAAAAUAAAAUGAAGAAAAAAAAAGAAAAAAAGAAAAAAGAGAAAUAGGCAAAUGGAGGUGGCUCAACUAUUGCUGUUCAAGGUUGAUAAAUCGAACAGCGCUGAUUUUCAGUCACCCCCGUUUCUCCUUGGUUCUUUGCGGGAAUGAAGGCUACGUACGUGUGUACAUACUUAGAAUAUGGUAUAAAUUAGUAAAAUUAGUAACUUAUAAAAAUUUAAGAAAAAAACAAAACAAAAAUCAAAUUAUAUGGUGAAUCCCACGGAAUAGAUAAAUAAGGUUGGAAAGGCCUUUGCUCUAAUUUUGUAUUAGAACCAGUGUCGCCGCUUCAUCCCCACUAUUUUAAUUUCUACACAUACACACACUGUGAUUACAAGUAUUUCGCACACAACAAAAACACCCACACAUAAAUCUCAGGACAGAUAUUCGUUCGCAAACUAGCACAAAACACCCGUAGGCAUACACACUCACACACGCAAAAAGGCAAUAAAAAUGUUCAUACACGCUAGUGCUUGAUAAAAUCGAUAUUCUUUAUCGAUAAAUUAUCUGAUGAAUGAAUGGAGAAAAUGAAACAUGAAAUAAAUAUUGAAAAAAAAAACUAUUUUACUUUUAUUAAUUACAAAUAGUCACUGUCGCUGGAAUAAAACGUAUUUGUUAAGCAGUUGGCGCUUGCUAUUAAUUGCGAAUGAAUUUUUCAAAACUAAGUGUAUUCUGAUUUUUUUUAUGAUAAAAUCAUUUUCAGUAAAAUGUUUAGAGCAAAUAGUACUCGUCUUUGUCUCCAGUUUCCUCUACCUGUCACGUCAAUCCAUUGUUCCCUGGCGUUAGGUUCUUUAGGAAACCUAAAAUUUUUAAUUUACUGCAUAAGUCAAAUAGCAUUUUACUUAGAUUUUAAUACGUCUUAGACAAUAUAGUAAAUACCCGUAAAUUAGAGGUCUACAUGUCCCUUUAUAUUAUACCUUCACUUUAAUUCAAUGAUAAUAAUUCAAUAAUAAUAAUACAUAUUUAUUUUACUCAAAAUACGUCUCACUAAGAAUAUACUAGGUAUCAUUAAUUAAAUAUAAAAUAAUGCAAAAAUUAUCCAUGUCAAAUGUAAAUAUAGUCGAGAAUUCUGUCGAUGAUUUUACCACAUGGUCACCUCACUAUCGACAAACUGCACGGCCAAUCAGGGCAAAGGCCGAAAUUUCAAAGAUUGAAGUGUAGAGAACGCAAUGCAUGUAGUACAUUGGAAGCUGACUUGGUCAUUGCGUUCAUUGGGCGAGUACACAUCGCGCAAUGUAUGCUAUUUAUAACUUGCUGCAAUAAUAUUGUUAAUGUUUGGAAUUUCAUAAUGCUCAGUAUAUUUUUAUGUUUUAGACAAAUAAUAUUGUAAUUAAAUGCUAAUUUCGACUUACCGAUCGAAAGAUAUACCUCCUCGCUCUAUACUUGAGGUCUGAUUUUUUGUUUUACAAGUUAUAAUUGCACAACACGGCACUAUAAAGCGGAGAUCUGUUCGCCAAGUAGUCCGAAGCGCACUAAACGCGGUGAAUGCAAGAAUCGGUCGAGUUAUGUUUGUUCUAUCAUAACAGUGGCACGCUUGCCCCGCCUACAUUACCAUUCCAACCUUAUUUAUCUAUUCCGUGGUGAAUCCGAAUACAAAUAAAACAUAAUAAGCACACAGUAAUAACACCCUGUGGGCAGCCUACAACGAAACAACAAAUAAAAUAAAAUAAAGCACGAUAAUACUAUUACUAAUACUAAUUCGAUAUUUAAUUUAAACACAAUAUAUGAUUUAAAAAAAUAUAACUAAGUUCGUUUGUACGUUUGUGCCACGAUAAAUUCUAAGCUGCUUAUUGUACUUUGGUAUUAUAACGAUCUGAUAGUCUAUUAUUAUCUUAAAAGACAGCAAAUAAUAUCUGGUGCUAAAUUGACGAAAAACGUACACAGCACAAAAAAGAUGUAUAUGGCAAUUCUUGAAAACCGUGCACUUUAAAACAGUGUUUCUCAUUUCACUGCUUAACUCUCUUCAAAUGUUCCUCCAACUCAACCAAACCCAAUCUAUAUAUAUAAAAAUGAAUUGCUGUUCGUUAGUCUCGCUAAAACUCGAGAACGGCUGGACCGAUUUGGCUAAUUUUGGCCUUGAAUUAUUUGUGGAAGUCCAGAGAACGUUUAAAAGGUAGAUAAAUAUGAAAAUGCUCGGAAUUAAAUAAAAAAUAACAAUUUUGUUUUUCCUUUGAUGUGUCCCCCGUGAGAUGGAUUCCUUUUGUUUGUUUUAAUUUUAAUUUAUACAAAACUUUAGGUCUUUUGUUUAUCGAUUGAGGCACUACGAAGUCUGCCCAGUCAGCUAGUUUAAAAUAACAGAUAUGACUUUGUUUCUCCUUGAUACCAGCUAUGAUCAUUUUAUUAAAAUAAUAGUACCACAUAUACAAUAAUGUCUAUCAACAACUCCCGUCGUACAAUAUAAAUCUUCAACGGUACAUUCGUUUGAUUAAUAGCAAUCUAUUCAUUACCCACCUUACACCGGUUUUAAUACAAUUUAUUUGGAUUAAAUUUAUGAUAACUAAUGACCAAUAUAUCCCGAUACUUUUAAUAAAUAAUAGUUGGACCUUCUCAGUGGGUCGCGUUUCCGAUCCGGUUGUAGAUUCUGCGAAGCACUUCUCUUGCUGGGGUUAGUGUUACUAACAUCGUCAGGUUUGAGCCCCGUGAUCUCGCCUAUUUGUUAGGUCACGCAUAACCUCUCAAGGCUAUCAGCUUAGGUAAGAAAAACAAAAUGUGUGCAAUUCACACGUGGUAGAAGUGAAACCUUCCAAAAUUAAAAUACAAUUAUCCUAAACGUCUUAAGUAUAUGUAAAAUUUUGUCAUUAGUAAAUAAUUGUAAGGUAGCGCUCUCUGUGAAUUGAUAUUUUAAUUUCACGUAUAAUCCUAAAUUAAAAUUCACUACAUGAGCUUUCAUACACACGUUAGUAUUAAAAAAUCUCACAGAUGGCGCUGUAUUAAAUAGUAUGUAUAUUUCUGUCUCAUUCUUUGCUGGCUUCAUCCUACACAUUUUUGUAUUUGUGUCUCUUACCUGUCGUUUUUUCCGUUGCAUCCGGUUUGAAAUCACAACGAUUCUAAAGAAGUUUUCACUUCAAAAAGUCCGUUUCGCGGUGAUUAACGCUAAUUGGUUGAAAAACAUCGGUUUCUGGUAACUUCUCGGGCACCACAUACUGUGUAGCAAUAGCUGUAUCAAGUUUUAUCUCAGUCGGAUGAAUGACUUAAGAACGCAUAGAGAGCAAGCAAACAAACAAUGAAUGGAGUACUGUAUGUUUGAUUAAAUAAUAAUAUGUAGUAUUGUAUAUCUUAUGCUUACUAAUUGUGACGUCAGCAAAUAUUAUUGUGUUACUUAUGAGGAGAUUAUAUGAAAUAAAAACAUAUAUUGUUAUCUGGA